AUGGAGGAACUAAAGAGCCCUCCUCCGUGCCCGGCCACUGUAACCGUCCGUCGAAAUCCUCCUCGGAGAGCUAGGCCACCGCCGACGCCUUCUUCCGCCGUUCCCCGUUCUCUAUUCCUCGAUUCCCCUCAGGUUCCGAUUAAAGUCGAUUUCCCUUUAUUUCCCAACCAAGAUAUUACUCCCAUUGAGCUGCCAUCUUCCGCCCCAUCUCCAAACCCUAAGAAGCUCGAUUCGGAGAGUCUCAAAGUGUUCCUCAGAAUUCGACCGCUUAAUAUUGCUACGAAAGGAAGUAAAGCAAAACAAUACGGCGGCCAGGAGAUGAAGAACGCUUGGCCUAGAAACCCGAAGACCAAAAAUGUCCAAAGGAAGGUCAAACGGAGUAGUGAAAUAUGUGUUGUGGUAAAAGAUUCAAAUUCCGUUACAGUUUCACCGCCUGAAAGCCUGCAGGAAAGCAAACGAGUUAAAUCCGAGGUGUUCGAAGGUUUUUCCCACGUUUUCUCCGACGAAGCUUCUCAGAGUGAAGUAUAUGAAAAGAUGGUGCAUACACUAGUUGAGGAUUUCUUGAAAGGGAAAAGUGGAAUGUUGGCUGCACUAGGUCCAAGUGGAUCGGGUAAGACUCAUACUGUUUUUGGAUGUGCUCGGGAUCCCGGGAUGGUACCUCAAGCACUGCACCAAAUUUUUGCACAACACGAAAGUUGUGGAAAUCAAUUGACAAGGAAUUUCUGUCUCUCAAUGUUUGAGAUAUGUUCAGAGAAUGGGAAGUCUGAACGAAUAUUUGAUUUAUUGCGAGAAGGAAAUGAAGUCUUCCUUCAACAAUCGACCAUCAAGGGCCUUGAAGAGCUUGUAAUUAAUGACGCCCUUCAAGCUGAAUCCUUAAUUGCCUGUGGAAUGCUAAGACGAGCUACAGCAGCAACUAAUUCCAAUAGUCAGUCUAGCCGUUCGCAAUGCAUUAUCAACAUUUCCUGCAUCUCCAAGAAUACUGAUGGGCAAUUUGACGAGUAUCCAAAAAAGGCCUCAUUGACGAUUGUUGAUCUAGCAGGAGCUGAAAGAGAAAAGAAAACAGGCAAUCAGGGACUCAGAAUGGUCGAGAGUUAUUUCAUUAACAACACAUCUAUGGUUUUUGGUCUAUGCUUACGGUCAUUGUUGGAGCAUCAAAAGCACCCCAAAAGGCCCAUUCAAAAGCACUUUCAAAACUCUUUGUUGACCAGGUAUUUGCGAGAGUAUUUGGAAGGCAAAAAACGAAUGGCUCUGAUCCUCACUGUGAAGCCUGGAGAAGAUGAUUACCUUGAAACUUCAUAUUUGCUAAAGCAGGCAUCACCGUAUACUCAAAUCAAGUUUACCAAUACUGAAGAGGUUGGUACUGGAAAACAUAUGAAAAGACCCAUUCCAAAUCUUCCAAUGGCAGAACAUCAGAAGAGGAUGAAGCUCAGCGCUGUGGAAUCUUGCUCUGUAACAUUCAGCGUCCUUAACAGUAUUUUGAAACCUUAUACCAGUGCAGCAAGUACUCAUAAAAUCCUACUAAAAAGACAAACAGAAGAAAUAUCUAGAUUAAAAAAGGAGGACAAUCAUUCGAACUUGAAAGAGAUUACAGUUGAGAGUGAUGAAUCUCUGAGUCGCCAAGUUAAAGAUGGAUCAUCUCUUGAAGAGGCUCAUAUUGAAUUUGAAAAGAAGGACAGGCAACAUCAGAUCAUGACCAAUUUUGCCAAAGCUUUGUGGAUAGUCUUAAAAGAAUAUAGGGAAAAGCUUGAGAUUGCUGAAAAAGAAGUUUGCUGCCUCAGAGAUGACCUAACUUAUGAAAGAAAAAGAUCUUCUGACCUGGAAGCUCAAGUAAAGGAUUUGAAGACCAAACGUCCUUUAGGAGAAGUGGCAUCAACUGAGGUAAAUAUCUCCUCUGUUGCUGCUUCUUCAACUGAAUUAGAUUCGGCUCAACAGGAGCAUAUGCCGGGACAUGCAACCUUCUGCAUGCUGGAAAAUGUGGCUGAAGUAACUGAAGACUCAAAGGACAUCCAGGCUGUAGAAAUCUAUCUCGAUAAUGGAGCAACUGUUUCAAUUGCCUCCUAUGUUGGUGCUAAAAAUAUAUGUGAAGGAGCUGUUGGAGCUUCUGGUUCUGUUGGUUAUCUUCAAGUCCACAAGGACAGCAAGGAAGGACAUACUGUCAGUAAUACAAGAAAGUUAUCUGGUAUCGAAAGAGAUAGCAGAGAUAAUACGUGUGUGGAGAUUGAAUCAGAUGACCCGGAAUCUGCUGCUUCCUGUUUGGAGUCGUCAGCAAAUGAAAAUGAAAUUUGUUGUAGCUCAGUGGAGAAGGAAUCGGCACUUUCAUUUGCUGAUGUUUCAGAUUCUGUCUGUAGCUCUCCUUUGUCUCCAGUGGAAACCGCUGACUGCUCGUCUGCAGUCAAGAUUGACCAAAUGCCACAGGCGGUUGUACAAAGUCACGACUGCUCGUCUACACUCAAAAUUGAUCAGAUGCCCCAACAACAGUGUCAGAAAGAGCCGGAUCCAACUGUAGCAGUUGUGCCUGAUGACAACGCAUUGUUAGCUCGAGACAGUCACUGCUCCACUGGUGCAGAGGCUGCUCAUUCACUUCCUACAUGUAGCUCUCAAAACAAACAGAAGCCUAAAAGGAGACUUCAACCAGUCUCAUCCAAUUUACUGAAGGAUAUUGGCAAUCUGGGAGUCAUUGACGAAAAAGAGAAGCCGAAGGGGGUGAAGGGAGCUGAAGGUUUGGAGACAAGGUCAAAGGGCAGCCUAUCUCUUCUUCGCUUGCUCAGGAAUGAUGUCUACCGCUGA